CACGGUUACAAAGCGAGACCCACACAUAUUCUCAUUAAAUUUACCUAUUUUAACCAUUCUUCAUUUUUUUAUAACCGUGGUUGGAACUGUAAAAUUGCGUUUUCAAUAAAUUCUCACACUCGUCUCUUCUUCCCAUCCCUGGCGCUCACUUCUUUCAAGUUCUCUCUCUAUCUCUCUACUCUCGAGCGUCGCGUCUGCAAAGAGACAAAAACCCAAAUCCUGGGACUUCGGUCAACGGCUUACUACGGCGGCGUAAGGAUCAUAACGAUGACGGUUUUCUCCGGCAAACAAGUCGUUCCUGUGGAUUACGAAGCCGAGGUAUCGCAGCGGCUUCUAGACGCAAUCCUCGACGGAGAUUUCAAAACGGUGUCGGAUUGUGUCUCUGAUCCACUCCUCGACGUUAACUUCGUCGGCGCCGUCAGCUUAAAAACGAGGAGGAGCGAGGUCGUGCUCCGGGAUGAGUCGCCCAGUGAAGUCAGAGUCGAGUACGAAGAGUUCAAAACUGAUGUAACGGCGUUGUUCCUCGCCGUUAAUUUCGGAAACGUAGCUCUCGUCAAGAAGUUACUGAACAUUGGAGCUGAUGUGAACCAGAAGCUCUUCAGGGGAUUUGCAACAACUGUAGCUGUAAGGGAAGGUCAUUUCGAUGUAUUUGAGAUUCUACUCAAAGCCGGUGCUUCUCAGCCUGCUUGUGAGGAAGCUCUAUUAGGGGCUAGCUGUCAUGGACGCUCGAGGUUCGCUGAGCUGCUCAUGGGAACUGAUCUUAUUCGUCCUCAAGUCGCUGUUCACGCUCUAGCCACUGCUUGUUGCAGAGGUUUUGUGGACGUCGUAGGGACCUUGCUUAAAUGCGGAGUAGAUGCUAAUUCAACAGAUAGGCUUCUUCUUCAAUCUUCAAAACCUUCUCUUUACACAAAUGUCGACUGUACACCCCUUGUUGCUGCCAUUGUCAAUAGGCAAGUCUCUGCCGUCCGCGUUUUACUACAGGCUGGUGUCAAGACAGAUAUCAUGGUGAAGCUUGGAGCAUGGUCAUGGGACACUAACACUGGAGAAGAGCUCAGGAUUGGAGCUGGAGUGGCUGAGCCUUACCCUUUGACCUGGUGUGCUGUAGAAUACUUUGAAACAAGUGGCGACAUUUUGCGUUUGUUGCUCAAAGUUCAGUCUCCGGACGCUCCUCACAAUGGUCGGACACUUCUCCAUCAUGCUGUCCUCUGCGGCAACCAGGGAGCAGUCAGAGUCCUCCUCAACUGCGGCGCCGAUCCAGAAACCUCUAUCAAAACUUCACGAGGCGUUGGACUCCGACCGAUUCAUAUUGCUGCACGUGAUGGAUCAGUGGAGAUCAUACAACAACUAGUUAGCUUUGGCUGCGAUAUAAACUCGAAGAAGGAUGCUGGGAACACAGCCCUGUUGAUCUCUAUAAAACACAAACAUUCAGAGUGCGUAAAGGUGCUCGUCCUUGCUGGUGCUGAUUUCGGUUUAGUGAACAAGAUUGGUCAGUCUGUUGUUUCGGUCGCUGAGUCAAACAAGUGGUCUCUAGGAUUAGAACGAGUACUUCUUGAACUGAUACGGUUCGGUGUGGUUCCAUAUUCAAGCAACGCUUCAGUAUUCUCGCCUUUGCUAUACGUGGCUAAAGCAGGAGAUGCCGAGGCGCUAAAAUCUCUUGUAAAAGCUCAAGGCAUUUUCCUAGACUAUCAAGACGAGGAAGGUUUUUCGGCUGCAAUGCUAGCUGCCAUGAAUGGCCACGUUGAAGCAUUCAGAGUCUUAGUCUACGCAGGCGCAGAUAUGAAGCUAUACAACAACUCUGGAGAGACAGUAGUCUCUCUGUCUGAGAAGAACGGUAACCGUGACGUGAUAGAGAAAGUGAUGCUCGAGUUUGCUCUUGAGAAGGACAACAGGAACAUGGCAGGCGGGUUCUAUGCUCUACACUGUGCUGCACGGCGUGGAGACGUCAAAGCGGUGGAGCUUUUGAGUGGAAAGGGAUACGAUCUGGACAUCCCGGAUGGAGACGGCUACACUCCACUCAUGCUUGCGGCCAUCGAAGGCCAUGGACAUAUGUGUGAAUUCCUAAUGGCCCGUGGUGCAAACUGCAAUGCUAGGAACAGGAGAGGGGAAAUGCUACUGGACCUCGCGACCGGUGAUGCAGAGAAGGUGAUUCGUAACGAGUUGUCUCGAAGGUUUGUGAUAGAAGGAAGUAGUGUGAUGAAACACACCAAGGGAGGGAAAGGGAAGAAGCAUGGCAAGGAAUUGAGAAUGUUGGAAUCAAGCGGAAUACUAAGUUGGGGAAAGUCGCGAAAGAGGAACGUGGUUUGCAAGGAAGUAGAGAUCGGGAUGAGCCAGCGGUUUAGGAAGAACCGUAAGGGGAAAAGCGAUGCAGGAGAGGAAGAAGAAGGGAUGUUCCGAAUAGUGACUAUGGAAAACAAGGAGGUUCAUUUUGUGUGUGAAGGUGGGUUGGUGUGUGCACAGAUGUGGGUGAGGGGAAUAAUACUUGUGACCAGAGAGACUAUUUGUGGGAUAAGUCAUAUUCAAAAUUAGAGUGUUGUUUUGUAUAUAAAAAAGUUUUGAGAAAGGAGCUUCAUUUUGAAGGUAGCGGUGCUUCUUUGAUGUGUUGGGGCAUGGGGGUGUUUAUAGUUGUUGGGUUGGCUGAUAUCUGCAGUAUAUUUGUGUAGUAGCUCCAGUUGCAUAUGAAUGGAACCUAGUUGAUUUGAUAUUC